GCACCUGCACCUCCUCCUCCCCCUCCACCCCCUCCCCCGGCUGCCUGUAUUGUCGGAGGGCAGGAAUCCCGGCUCCCUGUCGGCCGUUGUACGAGAGGAGCUGCAGCUGCCGCCGCCGGGAGGAUGCAGCGAGGUCCGGAGCAUCCAGCAGCCGGGGAGCCGGCGAGAGAGCAGUAGGGAGCCGCCGCCGUCAUCAGCAGCCGGAGGAGGAGAGAGCAGCAGCGGGCGGGGGCUGCAGUCAUGGACCCGUUGUCUAGUGCUGCCGCUGAGCCGAGGACGGAGUGAGAGCCGGGGCUGGCGGAGGAGAGCCGGGUGUACCGGGUGAGCAGUGAGAGCCGGGUGUACCGGAGUGAGCCCCUGGAGGAGCAGCCCCCCGAGCUGGUGGAAGUACAGGGACCCUGGAGUAAAGUGAAAUCAUUUUCCCGGGAGAGUGUUGGAAAGCAGAGUAAUGGUGAGCUGGAGGGGACAGGACCCAGCGGGGCUAUGAGUCAGGGAGCGAGCCCCGGGCACAUGGAGAUAACCAUCCCCUCUUGGUAUUGAGAGAAGCAGCUCCCUCCGUGCUCCCUGGACUCAGCCAGCCUGGACUAUCUACAUCAUCUUCUGCUGGAAAGGCCACCGGGAGAGCAAUACGCCCACGUUCUGGAGACAAGUGGGGACUACCUGGCCGAGCUGAGGAACCAACAGUGCACAACAGUUCCCACAAGUGCACCUCACCGGAUUCCUAGGGUGGACAGUGAGGACAUCCUCCUCUAGGUGAGAUCAGAUCACAAUGAGCACGUCUAGGAGCUGCACAUAAGCCGAGCCGGUGACAGAAGAUCAAAGACUGAACAUCAACAACAUCAAAGCCCCCGGGUGAUCUCCGGUCAACAAGUGGAGCUGGACCCCUGGAUGGAGAUCACUGUGACUUCCCAAGGAACGUCACCUGGUACCUGCUCCCCGACAUUCCCGUCUCUGGACAAGUGCCCAUGAUUUAGAAGGAUGAGGAAGCUCAGACGCUUUGUGCAUAUGGUCCUUUUCUGCCCUCUUUCCAAGGGACUCCAGAGUCGCCUCCCUGGUAUCAAGGUGAAGUACCUCUUCUUGGCAUGGUUGGGCAUCUUCGUGGGCAGCUGGGUGGUGUACAUGCACUAUUCCUCCUACUCGGAGCUCUGCAGGGGGCACGUUUGCCGCAUGAUCAUAUGUGACCAGUACAAGAAGGGAAUCAUUUCAGGUUCCGCCUGCAAGGACUUGUGCAAUGACCACACCCUGGUUUUCCAUCAGUGCUUAUCGUCCUCACCCACCCACCAGGUCUACAGGGGGCUAUGGAGGGACAGAGAGGUCAUCAUUAAAUGUGGCGUGGAGGAAAAUUUGAAAGUGGAGAAUAACCCGGACGCCGCCCCCCGAAGGGAGCUCGUGCUCUUCGAUAAACCCACCAGGGGGACCUCCAUGGAUGAGUUCAAGGAAAUGCUGCUGAGCUUCUUAAAGGCUAACCUGGGAGAUCAGACGUCCCUGGCAGUUCUGGUCGAACGGAUCCUGACCAUAGCAGACGUCAAUGAGGACGGGAAAGUGUCCUUAGCGGAAGCGAAGUCUAUCUGGGCCCUGCUGCAGCUGAAUGAGUUUCUGCUCAUGUUGUCCUUGCACGAGAAGGAGCACACAUCUCAGCUGCUGGGUCACUGCGGGGACCUCUACGUGACGGAGAAGAUCCCUCACGAUUCCCUCUACGGCACCCAGAUCCCCAGCUUCCUGCAGAACCUGCUGCCUUCUCCCCUGCACAGGAUCAUCCACCAGUGGUUCGCUCCCGCCUGGCCGAGGAGAGCCAAAAUAUCCAUCGGGCUGCUGGAGUUUGUGGAGGAGAUCUUCCACGGAACCUACGGCAGCUUCUUCAUCUGCGAAACCAGCUACAAAAACAUCGGGUACAACGAAAAGUACGACUUCAAAGUGGUGGACCUGAGGAAGGUGGCCACCGAGAUGACAAUCCGGGGGUUCCUCAAGGGCCGGCACUGCGAGCAGAACUCUGACUGCACCUUCGGCAGAGACUGCACCGCCGCUUGCGACAAACUCAUGAAACAGUGCAAAAACGACGUCAUCCAGCCCAACCUGGCCAAAGCGUGCAAGCUUCUGCAGGAAUACCUGCUCUACGGCUCCCCCUCGGACUUAAAGGAGGAGCUGCAGAAGCAGCUCCGGACUUGCAUGACUCUUAGCGGCCUGGCCAGCCAGAUGGAAGUCCACCAUUCACUCGUCUUAAACAACCUCAAGACUUUGCUUUGGAAGAAGAUCUCCAAUACCAAAUAUUCCUAACUGGAUACAACGAGGAGUUGUAGACGCGUCUCUCUUCGGACUUACGUGUAGCCAAGAUGCUUCCUUCGUGCAGCCUAGCGUCCGCCCAACGAUACUCCUGCAUCUGCUGCAGGCUGAUCCGCUCCCCGUGGAGCCUGCAGCUGCCGCACUUGUCUCCGACAAACACUUCACGUGUAAAUAAAAGGCUUUUAUGUGA